GAUCAUCUCGGCCAACCAAAACUCGACAGCGCGCCACGGGAAACCAGUCCGGUUUCGCCAUACCACCCCUCGCCCCCCAUCUAAACCGCCCACCUCGCCCUCCCAUUUCCUGCGAGCUCCACACACCAUCACACCGCAUUUCUCAGUCUUCCUCCUCACAUCGCCGUAGCAGCUAGCUAGUUAGCCGGGAGAGAGGGGCCGGCGCCGCCGAGCGAGAGAGCCGGAGGGGGCGGGGUGGAGGCAGGGCGGAGAUGGGGCGCGGGCCGGUGCAGCUGCGGCGGAUCGAGAACAAGAUAAACCGGCAGGUGACCUUCUCCAAGCGGCGCAGCGGGCUGCUUAAGAAGGCGCACGAGAUCUCCGUGCUCUGCGACGCCGAGGUCGCGCUCAUCGUCUUCUCCACCAAGGGCAAGCUAUACGAGUACUCCAGCCAGGACAGUAGCAUGGAUGUGAUUCUUGAACGUUACCAACGUUACUCAUUUGAAGAAAGAGCUGUACUGGAUCCAAGUACUGGAGACCAGGCAAAUUGGGGAGACGAAUAUGGAAGUUUGAAGAUAAAACUCGAUGCACUCCAGAAGAGUCAAAGGCAACUCUUAGGUGAACAAUUGGACCCACUCACCACAAAAGAACUUCAACAGUUGGAACAACAGCUUGAUAGUUCUUUGAAGCACAUAAGGUCAAGAAAGAAUCAACUUCUCUUUGAGUCAAUAUCUGAGCUUCAAAAGAAGGAGAAAUCAUUAAAAGAUCAGAAUGGCGUCCUGCAGAAGCACCUCGUAGAGACAGAAAAGGAGAAAAAUAACGUUUUGUCAAAUAUUCAUCACCGGGAGCAGUUGAAUGAAGCAACAAAUAUUCAUCACCAGGAGCAGCUGAGUGGAGCAACAACAAGCUCACCGUCACCUACACCACCGACGGCCCAAGAUUCCAUGGCACCUCCAAAUAUUGGGUACUUAUGCUUCCACUUAGGCCAUAUCAAUCUAGAGGAGGAGGGGAUCCAGAACCUCAGCCGUCACCAGCACAAGCAAACAACAGCAAUCUGCCACCGUGGAUGCUCCGCACCAUCGGCAACAGAUGAAGGCUGGCGACAGCCUCAUACGACUCCACCUGAAGGCGACAAUGGCGCCUGACACGCGCCCACUAUGGAAGCUAGCUGCCGGUGUGCAGUCCAUCUCCGGCAAUGGCUUCCGGUGUAGCCACCAAUAAGACCAUGUGUCUUUGCUACAGGGUGAAUGGGGUCUUCCUGUCUUGAGCUUUUCCUGCACUAUAGGGAGCAGUGUCUUGUUUCCACGUUUCAGUUCCCUUUUUUUCGCUGAUCGAUGAGCACGAUCUUGUGGUUGGACUUUCGUGUGUAAGCUUUAAUGGAUUUGCGGUAUGGUUUUACACGUUGACACGGUUUUUGUAUUCCAUCCGUUGUAAAAAUGCAAAAGGGCGCUGCCUUCUCUUUA